AUGAAGUGUGAAUCUUUAUCUGUUGAUUGUUUUUUUAAUGAUGGUAAUGUACCACUAUAUGAAAAAUUAUGGGAUGGUCAUGGUUUAAUUUUACAAACCACCUUUUUCCUGGACACUGUGUUAAUAUCAAGUUCAGAAAUGUUGCUAUUUCUCUGUGUUUUACUGACUUUCUUCCACUGUUAUCUAAGUGAAGAUAUCACAUACCAUGUUGAAGAAGAGAAUAGUCCCUACACCUAUGUAGGGGACAUUGCUACUGACUUACAGAAAUCAGACAGCUCCUUCUUAAAGAAUAAGGAUUUAAUUACAUUUAGUCAACUGCAACAAAAGGGAGAACAGUUGUUCAAUGUGACGAGAACAGGUAAACUGUACACUGUUGAGACAUUGGAUGCUGAGUCUGUGUGUAGUUAUGAGAAAGAAUGUUUUGAAAUCGUUAAAGUUGCUGUUCACAAAUCCAAGACAUUUAUGAAGAUCUUAAAGAUUAAAGUCAUAAUAGAAGACAUCAAUGACCACCAACCUGAGUUUACUCAGAAAGAAAUUACUCUACAUUUUAGGGAAGGAGAUGGUAAAGGUAUGAAGAAACCCAUACCUAAUGCUAUUGACAAAGAUAUGAGUCCAGAAAACAACUUAAUUACUUAUGAAUUAAAAAAAGAUAAUGGACAUUUUUCUUUAUCAGUUUCUAAACAAACUGAUGAAAUAUCAACAUGGAGGAACCCACCAAAACAAUCUGUUUUAAAUGUGAAAAUAUCUGUGGAAGAUGAAAAUGAUAAUGCACCACAAUUUUCUCAAAGUAUCUACAAUGUCUCUAUUGAACAUAAACAUAAAAAGAAUAUUCCAGUAGUCACAUUAUUAGCCAAUGAUUUAGAUAUUGGCAGGAAUGGUAAAAUAUCAUAUUACUUUGCCAGGAAAACUACUGAGAAAGUGAAGAGACAUUUUAAUUUAGAUGAAAAUACUGGGAAAUUAUAUUUAGCUACAUCUUCAGAAAUUGAUAAAGAAGAGUCUUUUAAAAUAUACAUUGAAGCCAGAGAUGAUGGCACACCUCCUCUGAGUUCCAUAGCAACGGUUAUAGUAAAUGUCAUCAACCAACACAACAAUCCCCCAAAUAUUGAUGUGAAUUUUAUUUCUACACAGAAUCACAACACAGCUACCAUUCUGGAAGACAUCAAAGUUGGUAGUUUCAUUGCUUAUGUGAUGGUCACUGACAACGAUGUUGGACACAAUGGACAGGUGAACUGUCAUAUCAAAGACGACACAUUCAAACUACAGUCAAUGGGAUCGAAGGAAUAUAAAAUAGUUCUAAAGAAAGCAGUAGACAGAGAGACACAGGAACAUUAUCACUUUACUGUGUCGUGUGAAGAUAAAGGAUUACCUGCUCUGAAAACUGAUAAAGAUCUGUCAAUCCAAGUGUUGGAUGUGAAUGAUGUAGAACCACACUUUACGAAAGACACAUUCAAGUUCCUUACCUAUGAGAAUGACAAAGCUAAUUUCCCUAUUGGCUUUAUCAAUGCUACAGACCCAGAUAUUGGUAAGGGAGGUGAAUUGUCUUAUUCUCUGAGAAAUAAACAGCAAUAUCGUCUGCCAUUCCAGAUUAUCAACUCUGGCUUUAUUUCAACAAACCAGUCUUUAGACAGAGAACACAGAGAUUUCUAUGAGUUUGAGGUUUUUGUGAAAGACAAUGGAAGCCCAUCUCUGAAUAACACAGUGAAUGUUGAAGUGGAAGUAUUGGAUAGAAAUGAUAAUGCUCCAUAUUUUACAUUUCCUAGUGUUGACCCUUUCACUCUUAAUGUCCACUAUCAUCCGCAAAGUAAGAACGACAUCACAGUUCUGAAAGCAUCUGAUAUAGACAGUCACAUGAAUGCUUUUCUCAGGUAUGAAAUCGUUUCAGGUAACGAGAGACAGUUAUUUAAACUGGAUUCGUUCACUGGUGUGUUAUCUUACUCUCGCACAGUUUACCAAAAUGAUGCUGGAUCAUAUGAGCUUGAGUUUGUUGUGAAAGACAGUGGUACUCCAGUUCUGUCAGCAACAACUAGUGUGUCUUUGACACUGACUGUUAGUAACAAGACGUCACCAAUGUUCACAGCUGUGCACCUACCAAGUGAUAACACAAUAGAUGCGACAUUGUUGAUUAUCAUUGUAGUAGCAGCUGUGAUAGUAUCUAUAGCUAUUGUGGUUUCUAUAACCCUGUGUAUUGUGAGAUGUAACAAUGUGAGAAAUAGCUCAUCUGAAAGAACAGCAGAAGAGAAACAGGCAUACCAAUGCCGCAAUGAGAUGAGACAGUUGAUCUAUCAAGGUAACAACAGUGUACCUGUGAUGUCAGGUAAUCGAGGAGAGAUGUCAGACAGAUAUGGUCAUUCGAGGAGCCAUUACUAUCCUGAAGACUGGAAGACAGCAACGAUGAACAGAACACUUCAGAAGUCUACAAAGCAGAAAUACAGUCAACCAAUAGAGGUGACAUCUUAUGGAGACAACAGACCAUCUUCUCACUAUCCCACUGACACACUGGCCAGUCGUAAGAGCAGUGGACAGUGCUGGAGUGAGCGGUCAAGUAGACAGUAUGAAGAAAUACCAGCAAUGUCAGGAAUCUAUGGUGGUGCCCCACCCGAUGUAUCAAGCACCAGUGAGAGAGACCAUUACCAAGACAGAUAUGUGAAACCUCCAGAGAGACAGUUACCUUCAACACCAGAUGUUGUUGCCAGUUAAGUUAACACAACAGAAAUAAUAUCACCUUCAACAUUCACACAACAUUUA